AUGUCGAGCGAGGAUCGCAAGGAGCAUGCUUUAGUCCUGAGCCGGGUCUCAAAGAGAUACUGCUGCAUGGCUGCCGUACGUGGAAUAUCCUUCGCUGUCCAGUCGGGCGUGUGCUUUGGUCUGCUGGGUGCCAACGGGGCCGGUAAAACGACUACCUUCAAGAUGAUUGUGGGCGACAUUGCCAUGACGAUGGGGAGUAUUCACGUCAGAGGCUGCAGCAUGAAAUUCCGCCCCAUCGCAGCGAGGCGGCAUAUCGGCUACUGUCCCCAGCACGACACGCUCUUCGACUUCUGCACAGGCCGUCAAACACUCAGGAUCUUCCUUUUGCUGCGCGGCACACGCCGGAAUCUCCUCAAAAAAGUCUCGGAAAAGCUGGCCACCGACUUUGGCUUUUUUGCGCACCUCGACAAAAAGGUCAAGGACUACAGUGGCGGCACUAAGCGAAAGUUAAACGCAGCGGUGGCCGGUGAGGGCUCAUCGCUCAUUUGUCUGGACGAGCCCAGUUCUGGGGUCGAUCCGGCCUCCCGGCGCCAUGUGUGGAAUGUCCUCUCCUCGCUGCGGGACAAGGGGAAGGCGGUGCUGCUCAGCUCUCAUAGCAUGGAGGAGGUGGAGGCCCUCUGCACGCAGUUGGCCAUUAUGGUGGAUGGGCAAAUUCAUUGCCUGGGAUCCCAGCAGCGCAUCAAGAAUAAGUUUGCCCAGUGUCUGGUGCUCAAGUUACAUGUGGAUACCGGAAGUCUGGAAAGCAUGGCGUACACGGUACUGAAGGUAAAGAAUCAAAUGGAAUCGGACUUUCCCACGGCAUCGCUAGAGGAAGAGUUUGGUGGCAGGCUCACUUACCACAUACCCAUUGCCAAAAUGAGAUGGUCGAGGGUGUUCUCAUACGUUGAGAGAAAUCGCAGCCCUUGGAAGGUGGUGGACUACUCUCUGACGCAGCCGUCGCUGGAAGAUGUAUUUCUGGACAUUGCCAAGAAGAAAGCGAACGAAAAGAAACAACAAAAGAAUCAAAACAGGCAACCGAAGAGUCGUCCCACCAAAAAGGAUUCUCCGAAAUCUGAUAAAGAUAAUAGCCGGGCCACUAGGUUAACCAAGACAUAGCCCUGUAGAAAUAUAGCGAGUGAGGGCGGGCAGACAGCGAGCUGGCUGUCAUAAGGGAAUUCGACUAAAAUAAAGUGCUUUCGGAGUUCUUUUUUUGAGGAGCGUCUCUGCCAUUUUGUUA